GCCAUAGAGGAUCACUUGCUUGUCUCACAGUCAUACCUACGGAAUAGAAGCUACAACCACCGGUGACUAAAUAAGUCACAAAUAAACACUGGUUUCAAGCAAAGACAAAGCGAUCAGAAACACUGACAAUCAGUACAUUAUCUAUACAAUCAGGAGACAUUUUACGAGGAACGCAUUAGUACGAAGAUAAAGAUCUUAGUGAUUUGACAAAUCGGUGAUAUCAGGAUGGAGUGGCAGCCAGACGAACAGGGAUUGCAGCAGGUGCUGCAGCUCCUGAAGGAUUCUCAGUCUCCAGACACAGCCACACAGAGGGCUGUGCAAGAGAAACUUGAGCAGCUGAACCAGUAUCCUGACUUCAACAAUUACCUGAUCUUUGUCCUUACCAGUCUGAAGUCUGAAGAUGAGCCCACUCGUUCCCUCAGCGGUCUUAUCCUGAAGAACAAUGUGAAGGCUCACUACCAGAACUUUCCACCUACCGUGGCAGAUUUCAUCAAGCGGGAGUGUCUGAACAACAUUGGUGAUCCGUCCCCACUCAUCCGAGCUACUAUUGGUAUCCUGAUCACUACCAUCGCCUCCAAGGGGGAGCUGCAGACAUGGCCUGAGCUGCUGCCUCAGCUGUGCAACCUGCUCAACUCUGAGGACUACAAUACCUGUGAGGGCUCUUUCGGUGCACUGCAGAAGAUCUGUGAGGACUCCUCUGAGCUGCUGGACAGUGAUGCACUCAACCGGCCCCUCAACAUCAUGAUUCCAAAGUUCUUGCAGUUCUUUAAACACUACAGCCCCAAGAUCAGAUCUCACGCCGUCGCAUGUGUUAAUCAGUUCAUUAUCAGCCGAGCCCAGGCUCUCAUGGACAAUAUCGACACCUUCAUCGAGAGUCUUUUUGCGCUGGCUGGUGAUGAAGACUCUGAGGUGAGGAAGAACGUGUGCCGGGCGCUGGUGAUGCUGCUUGAGGUCCGCAUCGACAGGCUCAUCCCCCACAUGCACAGCAUCAUCCAGUACAUGCUGCAGCGCACGCAGGACCCUGAUGAGAACGUGGCUCUGGAAGCGUGUGAGUUCUGGCUCACUCUCGCUGAACAGCCCAUCUGUAAGGAGGCGUUGUCAGGCCAUCUUGUCCAACUCAUUCCUAUCCUGGUGAAUGGAAUGAAGUAUUCUGAGAUCGACAUCAUCCUUCUGAAGGGCGAUGUGGAGGAAGACGAGACGGUGCCGGACAGCGAGCAGGACAUAAAGCCGCGCUUUCACAAGUCGCGCACCAUCACCCUGCAGCACGAGGGAGGGGAAGGGGAGGAGGGCGAGGACAUCGACGAAGAUGAGGACGAUGACGACGACACGCUGUCUGACUGGAACCUGCGUAAGUGCUCGGCGGCGGCCCUUGAUGUGUUGGCUAACGUGUUCCGUGAUGAGCUGCUGCCCCACCUGCUGCCCCUGCUGAAGGGCCUGCUCUUCCACCCUGACUGGGUCAUCAAGGAGUCCGGCAUCCUGGUCCUGGGGGCCAUCGCAGAGGGGUGUAUGCAGGGCAUGGUCCCAUAUCUGCCGGAGCUCAUUCCCCACCUGAUCAUCUGUCUGUGUGAUAAGAAAGCCCUCGUGCGCUCCAUCGCCUGCUGGACGCUCAGCCGCUACGCCCACUGGGUGGUCAGCCAGCCCCCGGACGCCCACCUCAAGCCCCUGAUGACCGAGCUGCUCAAACGCAUCUUGGACGGGAACAAAAGGGUCCAAGAGGCUGCUUGCAGUGCGUUUGCCACCCUAGAGGAGGAGGCCUGCACAGAGCUGGUGCCCUACCUCAGCUUCAUCCUGGACACGCUGGUGUUUGCCUUUGGGAAGUACCAGCACAAGAACCUGCUCAUCCUCUACGAUGCCAUCGGAACGCUGGCCGACUCUGUGGGCCACCACCUCAACCAGCCGGAGUACAUCCAGAAGCUGAUGCCCCCCCUCAUUCAGAAGUGGAAUGAGCUGAAGGAUGAAGAUAAGGAUCUCUUCCCCCUGCUCGAGUGUCUGUCGUCUGUGGCGACAGCGCUGCAGAGUGGCUUCCUGCCCUACUGUGAGCCUGUGUACCAGCGCUGCGUCACCCUCGUGCAGAAGACUCUGGCCCAGGCCAUGAUGUACAGUCAGCAGCCUGACCAGUAUGAGGCCCCGGAUAAGGACUUCAUGAUCGUGGCUCUGGACCUGCUCAGUGGCCUGGCCGAGGGCUUGGGUGGACACGUGGACCAGCUCGUUGCCCGCAGCAACAUCAUGACCCUGCUCUUCCAGUGCAUGCAGGACACCAUGCCGGAGGUCAGGCAGAGCUCCUUUGCUUUGCUGGGUGAUCUGACCAAGGCCUGCUUCCCUCAUGUCAAGCCCUGCAUUGCUGAGUUUAUGCCCAUACUUGGGACUAAUCUGAAUCCUGAGUUCAUCUCUGUGUGCAACAACGCCACCUGGGCCAUCGGAGAGAUCUGCAUGCAGAUGGGUGUGGAGAUGCAGCCUUAUGUGCCUCUGGUUCUCAACCCUCUUGUGGAGAUUAUCAAUAGACCCAAUACUCCCAAGACCCUCCUGGAGAACACUGCCAUCACCAUCGGCCGCCUGGGCUACGUCUGCCCACAGGAAGUCGCUCCCAUGCUACAGCAGUUCAUCCGGCCCUGGUGCACAUCAUUACGUAACAUCCGUGACAAUGAGGAGAAGGACUCCGCCUUCCGGGGAAUCUGUGUUAUGAUUGGUGUGAACCCUGGAGGGGUGGUGCAGGAUUUUAUUUUCUUCUGUGAUGCUGUGGCCUCCUGGGUGAACCCUAAAGAAGACCUACGGGACAUGUUCUAUAAGAUCCUACACAGCUUCAAGGAACAGGUGGGAGAGGAAAACUGGCAACAGUUUUCCGAGCAGUUCCCCCCCAUCCUGAAGGAGAGGCUGGCUGCCUGCUACGGCGUCUAGAUGCUCUCUCACCCCGCCGGCACGGGAAGCUUGUGUCAGAUUUAACCUUUAGGAGGGUUACCGGGGGAAACUCAUCCAUCUGUGUAUUGCACUGCCCUGAUUGUGGGGGAGAGGGACGUGAUUGGCCGCUCCACCUGACGGACAGACCCCACACCCUAUGUGUGUCCAUGUGGGUGG